UUGUCUCAACUGCUGCUCCUUUUUCCACAUCACGCUUUCCUGGCAUCCAAACGACCACAGAAAAGUAAACACUCCCCUAAACAAACACAAACAGCAGCACAACCAGAGAAAACGCAGAAAGAUCCGAUGUAUCCGACGGCGAUUCUCACCCUCUUCCUCCUCCUAUCACCAUUCUCCACCUCAUCCCCCGUAGCCAUCACCGACGAUGGAUCCUCUGCGUACAAGGCCCUCGUGGAUUUCAACUUCCCCGUCGGUCUCCUCCCCAAGGGUGCCGUGGGCUACGAACUGGACCAAGCCUCUGGAAGAUUCUACGCCUAUCUGAACGGCUCGUGCGGUUACUCGCUCGAGGGAUCGUAUGAAUUGAAAUACAAGUCCACCAUCAGUGGCUACAUCUCUGAGAACAGGCUCUCGAGCCUGACUGGUAUCAGCGUCAAGGUUUUGUUCUUGUGGCUGAAUAUCGUGGAGGUGGUUAGGAAAGGGGACGAGCUUGAGUUAUCUGUAGGUAUUGCAUCGGCGUCUUUUCCUAUUGAUAAUUUCUACGACUGCCCGCAGUGUGGCUGUGGAUUUGAUUGCGAUAAGGGGCAAGUAAGGAAAUUGAAAUUGAACCGUUUUUUUUUCUUCCAUUUGAUCGGAAUUUGGAACUCUAAAAGAUGUUCUUUGUGGGAUUUGGAUGGCGUUUCUUAUUUCGCAUCAGACUAAAGGAAAUGGGUUUAUGUUAUUUAUUGCGAAUGACGUUUUCUGAAAUAUAGUUUUAUUGUUUACUGAA